AUGGUGCUUUCACUCGAUCUCUUUAGAAAAGAUAAGGGGGGUGAUCCCGAAAUAAUUAAAAAGAGUCAAAAAGAUCGAUAUAAGGAUCCUAGUGUUGUUGAUAAGAUCAUUGAUCUUGAUGAACAAUGGCGAAAAGCUCGCUAUGCUUGUGAUCGCUUAAAUCGCUCUAAAAAUACAUGUAGUAAAACCAUCGGAAGAAAGAUUAAGGCUAAAGCUCCUGCUGGUGAUGAUGCCUCUCUUCCUAAGGAGAUCCUGACUGACGUAAUUGAACUCACCCCAGAACAAAUUGAAGGGCUUGAUAUCGCUCAAAUCAAGUCCCUGACCACUUAUAUUGACGAUACUAUUAAAAAGCAACAAAAACUUUCGGAUGACCUCGAGAAAACUCGUAACGAACUUGUCUACGAAAUUGGUAAUAUUCUCUACCACAAGGUUCCCAUCUCAAACGAUGAAGAAAAUAACGAAGUCAUUCGAACUUUCGGUGAUUCGACAAUUGAGAAGAAGUAUUCCCAUGUCGAUUUGGUCACUAUGAUUGAUGGCUUUGAUGGAGAACGUGGUACAGCCAUUGCCGGAAAUCGGGGUUACUUCUUGAAGGGUCCUCUGGUUUUCCUUGAACAAGCUCUAAUCAAUCUCUCGCUGAGAAUUCUCUAUCAACGUAAAUAUACACCCCUUUACACACCUUUCUUUAUGCGGAAGGAGGUGAUGCAAGAGGUCGCUCAGUUGUCACAAUUCGACGAAGAGCUCUAUAAAGUCACCGGUAAACGUGAGACCACGGCAGACAAAGUAAAAGACGCGGAGGAAGAAGUUAAGUACUUAAUUGCUACUUCGGAACAGCCAAUCGCAGCUUUCCAUCGCGGUGAAUGGAUGUCUCCCGCUGAUCUUCCCAUUCGAUAUGCUGGCAUUUCUACUUGCUUCCGUCAAGAGGUUGGAAGCCAUGGUCGUGAUACUCGUGGGAUUUUCCGAGUUCAUCAAUUCGAAAAGAUUGAACAAUUUUGUAUCACUUCACCUCAUGACAAUGCUUCCUGGGAAAUGUUUAACGAAAUGAUUACAACCUCGGAAGAUCUCUACAGGACCCUCGGUAUUCCAUUCCGCGUUGUCUCGAUCGUUUCUGGUGAACUGAACAAUGCUGCAGCAAUGAAAUAUGAUUUAGAGGGUUGGUAUCCAGGAUCAAAGGCGUUCCGGGAGCUUGUGUCAUGCAGCAACUGCACAGACUACCAGUCACGACGUCUUGGUGUUCGUUUCGGUCAGACGAAGAAGAUGGGCCAGGAUGUUGAGUACGUGCACAUGUUAAACGCCACAAUGUGUGCUACCACUCGUGUCAUUUGCGCUAUCCUUGAAAACUACCAAACUGCCGAUGGAAUUGUUGUUCCAGAAGCUCUUCGCGAAUUCAUGCCUGAUGGACUGAAGGAGAUGAUUCCUUUUGUCAACAAGGCACCAAUUGACCAACAAAAAGGUGAUUUAGUCACUACAAUGGUAAAUUUGAAUCUGAAGGAGACGAAAGGGGGAUCGCCUACGAGUGUGGUUGUUGCAAAGAAAAGCACUCCUCCCAAAAAUUCGCCAAAAUCUACCGAUGGGGCUGCUGAAGGGCCUGAAACUCCUGAGAUUCUUGGGAAACCUGCUGCUCCAGUAAAUACCUCUGGUACAGGAGGCAAGAAAAAAAGGAGGAGGAAGAAGUGA